UGCUCCAUAAACCCUUUCGAUGUGAGUGGGUCGCUAACUUUGGGAUUAAACGUUCAUCUGUUUCUGCUGGCGCCGUUUAUGUCUCUAGCUGGUGGCGGAGCCCGGUUGCUUUCGCUUUCGCCCCGCUGAAAGGCGGACUGAGCUCUGCCAGCUGCUCGAGCCACACCCUCCGCUCCUGCCCACUGGUGGUUGUUAUUGUUGUUGUGUGUAGCAGCAGUCGCGAGCCGUGCUUCGUGCCGUCCCCCGCCUGGCUGAGGGCUGGCCCGCCGCGCGCAUGCAGCAGAAUGGCUCGAGCGGCUCGGACGGCUCUGACGGCUGCAGCGGCAGGGAGCGCCAGUCUCUGGCCUUCAGCCCGCUGCCCGCCGCUACGCGGGUGAGACGCUUCAUUCAGGAGAGACGGACGCUGCCUCUACCCAGAGUGAUGGUGGUAUUCUCGGCCGCUGGGGACACCGAGAAACCGGGCGAUGCCAUGUCCAGCUCGGACUCUGCGGAGGACGAGUUCCGAAAGCCGGCCUCCCCCACGCCGAACCUGGCUCUGAGCAAGCCGCUCCGCUCCUCGCUUAACACCCAGGAACAGGAGUUUCCAGAGGUCAUCUCUCUGAACGUUGGGGGCACGUACUUCACCACUCGCCUGUCGACGCUGCGGCGAUACGAGGACACCAUGCUGGCCGCCAUGUUCAGCGGCCGCCAUUACAUCCCACGCGAUGCUGAGGGUCGCUACUUCAUCGAUCGGGAUGGAGCCUAUUUUGGGGACAUCCUGAACUUCCUCCGAGAAGGCGAGCUUCCCCACCGUGACCGAGUGAGAGCGGUGCACAGAGAGGCUCAGUACUACGCCAUCAGCCCGCUGCUGGACAGCUUGGAGGACAUCCAGCCGCUCACAGGGGAGAAAGUUCGACAGGCUUUCCUGGAUCUGCUGCCCUAUUACAAAGAGAAUCUGGAGCGCAUCGUGGAGAUCGCCAAACUGAGGGCCAUGCAGAAAAAGGCGCGGUUUGCAAAGCUGAAGAUCUGCGUCUACAAGGAGGAGAUGCCCAUCACGCCGUAUGAGCGCCCUCUUUUUAACUCGCUGCGCUUCGAGCGCUCGGACAGCGAGGCCAAGCUCUUUGAGCAUCACUGCGAGGUGGACGUUUCCUUCGGGCCGUGGGAGGCGGUGGCGGAUGUUUAUGACCUGCUGCACUGCAUCGUCAGCGACCUGGCCGAACGCGGCAUCUCCGCCGAGCAGCAGUGCAUCGGUGUCUGUGAUAAACACCUCAUCAACCAUUACUACUGCAAGAGGCCCAUCUACGAAUUCAAGAUCACAUGGUGGUGAAGUUUGAUGCCUGAUAGGACCAAAGAGCGAAGCGAUGGAUCUUUCACUUUUGCUAUAAGUCAGCCGAUAUUGGUUUUUAUAUUGACGUUGCCAGUAUUUAGUGCUGAUGUCUUAAAAUGUGACCCUUUAAGUCAUGCUGUAAGUAUUCAUUUUCCCCCAAAUAUUUUAUAUUUUCCUUCUUGUUAAAGGUAAAAAUCUUCCUAUAUAGCUUCUUAACAGUACUGUAGAGAGUGGCAUAACACCCCCUAACUCUGCUGGCCUCUGGUUUAACCUCUCUCCUUGAUGCAGUGAUGUGCAGAUGUACUACAAUACAUCACCACAGGUGCACGUGUGGCACUCUUGUUAGUCGUUUACAACAGGUGACACUUUCAGUUAGGUCUGUCAAACUGUGUGUGUCCUGGGUCUCUCCCAGGGUCUCCACCCUGUAGGACAUCUCAGGUGGCUCCUUGUAGAGGAGUAAUGACUCCACAGCUGAGCUGAGACAGGACACCCUUUGGAUGAAGCUCAUCUCCACCCCUUCUAUCCAAGAUCAUAUUCUUUCAGUCACACAGAGCUCGUGACCAUAUGUAAGGGUAGGAACGUGGAUAGUAAAUCGCUUUCAAGCUCAGCUCUCUCUUCACCAUAACAAACCAGUACAGCAUCUUAAUCACUGCUGACACUGCAGCAAUUUGCCUGAGGUGAGACCAGUCCCUGGCUGCCAAAACAGUUUCUUGAGACAUGAAUCGAGAGCAGUGUGACUGCAUACCUGCACCCAGGCUGGAAAUUCUCUCCACACUUUGCAUAAAGGAAUUCCCUGGAUCUAGAAGAUUUUUUUUUAAUCAAUAAUAAUUUAUUGAGAACUUUAAGAUGAGCACUCCCAGUUUCACUUUUUUUAUUUUAAUAUGUGACGAAGUGUUUCUUUAUACAAACUGAACAGUCUCAUAACCUCCACUUAUCCCGUCCAAGGUCUUAAUUCGAGGCUGCAGCCUAUCCCAGCUCACAGGGGGUGAGAAACGGGGUACACACUGGACAGGUUGGCAGUCUAUCAGAGGGCUAACACAGAGAUUCGUGCUCACACUCACUCCUACGGCAAAUUUAGAAUCACCAGCUAACCUAACGAGCAUGUCUUUGGACUGUGGGAGGAAACUGGAACACCCACGGAGAACCCACACAAAAGGCUGACCAUCGCAACACCGUCCUGCUCGUUGGUCAUUUGUGGAGUUAAUAAAGUUUAAUCAAAAGGCAAAGCAGUAAAUAUUUCAGACACAUUGUCCUCACUGUGUCUGGACUAGAUACAUUCAGCUACAGUACUGCUUAUUGACUUUAUACUCAGUUAUUAACAAAAGGUGAAGGAAACGCUAAAAAUACCUAUGCAUCAUUUUCUAGCUCUCCACACAUGGCAUGAGGGAAAGGCAGCUGUGUAGCUGAAGCAUACCCGCUCUGUCAAAUGCACAUGGAUGGAUGUAAUAAUGACACACCGACACUGGAUGGAAAGAUUCGCUUCGUUUUAAAUUGACCUUUAUAGGAGUACAUUUAAGUCAAGCGGGUCCAUGAAGGAACUGUGAAUCCAGUGUCUAUAAUUAUAUAUUAAAGACAGAAAAAUGCAAACAAUUGUGCUUCAUGAAUCAGGCAGUUUGAAAGCAUGGCUGCCGCUGGUGUCGAUGACCUCCGCUCACUUUGUUUUUAAUCCACGUGGCCGUCCGCGUUGUCUGCUUGAAGUGAGACUUUUAAGUUUUAGAAAACAUCUACCAGUGAAUUCAGAAGUGAUAGCAGAUGUCUUUAAACCAACUCUGCAACAUGUCUAACUAGAUUAGAGCGUAGCUGUGAUUUACACGUGACCCCUAAACACGUCACGCACUGGCAGUCAUAAAGUUAAAAGAACAGCUGUAAAGAUGCGCUCACCAAAUGUGUGUGUGCCUGUUUCAAAUGUGCAGAAUCAACCGGAAAGAACCAUCAGCCCAAACAACACGAGUGACUGAAGUCAUUUUACACUGCAAACUAAAGAUAAAGAACGCUCUAAAAUAACACAGACACCUCGGAGAGGUCCAGUUCAGUGACUACAGUUACCCCCCACCCCCCCACCCCCCUACAUACAGUUGUUAUGAAGCAGGAAAUUAUCCAGAGGAUAAAAUCAGUUUUUCUACCAGCCUGUAAACAUGCUUUUUGAUCCUGAGCAUUUGGGCGUUUUUAACAUGGGAGUCUAUGGGGAGUCACAUUUUGGAGGCAGCCUCAAGAGGUCACUGAAGAAACUGCAGUUUUUGCCACUUGUGUGUCAGCCUAAUUUCUCAGCUCUGGAGGUUGCCACUUGGUUUUGGCUCAAGUUAAACGCAGCACUGCACUUACUCAGGUCUACAGAAAUUUACCCGCCAAGUUUUAAAUACGACAGAUAAAAAUGUGACAGAUACAUACAGAGAUUUCUUGAAUCAUGCACAAAGGGUUAAAGAAGGUAAGGAAGGGCUUAGUUUUAUAUGAAUUCAGCCCUGUUUUAAACCUCGACCCAAAGUGUGUGAUUCAAGUUUGAAUGUUGGUGUGUUUCUAUGAUGGCUUUGUGUCCGAGCCACCAGCAGUGCUGAAGAGCUGAAGCUGUAAGGAGUGAGUCAUGUGUGUGACAUGACCGUCGGUCCACUUUAAAACUCCUAACGGUAUCAUUAUUUAUGUUAAUUAAUUCAUACCUGAUUUAAUAGUCUGACUGUAGCUUUGCUUGGAUCUGUGUCGGGGUUCAUGACCCACCACAUUUCCAGAGCCAUCAUUUGAACACAUGCCCUUAUAGUGGAUAUUGUAUAUUGUGAGUAAACUGAAGUCAGAUGUGUAUAUUUUAGGACUAACUUGCUUCAUAAUUAACCUAGAGAGUCUAUUUUCAUUAAGCUGUGAGUUUUUAAAGACAUAAGGAAGGUGGGGAGGUAUCCAUUUUGCCAUUCACAGUGCGGGUUGAAGGAGUUUGUUUUAUUUCACACUGAUAAAUGUUUGUAGUUAUUGUGGCAGGUGUAAAGUUCAGAAAGAACCUCAGUUAUUUUUCCACCUCUUUUAACGCUGCUGUACUUGAUAAAGUCUGAGCACCUUAAAAUUAUAACAAAGAUAUCUCCAAGUUUCACCUCGAGUGUCACCUCACUUCAGUUAUCUUUACUAAGAAAUGCAAAUGUGCUUAUUUUAUUGAUUAUGCAGGAGCGAUGCUACAUAUUCCUGGAGCACUACUUGUAUAGAUUUUUUUUAUGGCGCUGUUUGUUUAUAGUGUUUUUAUAUUGUUACUUAUCUGUUUCUGUUAGCUUCCAGGAAGCUCUGGUUCUGUAUAGUCGACUUCAGUUUGUUUGUAGUUUAAAAACUAAUGUGUCAUUUUUAUUAUUUAUGGUAAAAUUAAAACUGUUAAGUGCAUCUGC